AUGGAGACUCCUCGGCAGAAGGCCACCAGGUUGGGUGAUGCUUGGAAUCCUCCUCGCAAGGGUGACAACUCCUCCAUGCAGAAUCCUGGUUGUGCCUGGACCGAAGCCAGCACUAAGAAGCUGAAUCUUCUUGGCGUCAUUUGCACGCUGCUGAGUAAGGAAGGAAUAUUGCCGAAACCCAUGUCAUUUGGCGCUGCCAUGGAGUUCAUUGGAGCAGACAAUUUACGUCCUCCCGUGGACUUCAGAGGCCGUGUUUUCAUCUAUCUUGUUAUGGUUGUUCUUGCUCAGAAGAGCUCUUCUGAUGACGCCAUUGCAGCUGUGCUGGCCUUUCUGGGACAGGGUUUGGUCUCUCCUGAUGACUUUGCGGCUGCUACUGUACAGAGUCUUAAGAAGAUCCUUGAUGAUUACGACAUUAACGGCAAAGCUGCUGCCACUCUCAAGUCAAUUGGAACAGAUUUGGUUGCGAAUUUUGAGGGGAGUGUUCCAUUUAAAAGGGCGGAUCUUUCUUCCAUCUGUGAUGACACUGUGACAUCGCUGCUGAUGUCCCAUGUCUUUGGCUCCACUGACACUGUCGUAGGACUUCAUACCCGGAAGAUAUUGACUGCUCUUGACAUGGUUGACUGGGAGGAAAGUGGAACGAGUGAAAAGGCAGAGAUCAAAAUGGUGGACCUUCCUCCUGCCCUGGUCAAAAGGAGCCUCAAAACAUGGCUUCCAAAGGGUGAAGGGAGUGCUCUUCAUGACAAGAUGGAUUCUCUUGGACGGAUUUUGGGAAACCUGAGGCAAGGCACGUGGGGCAAGGUUACCAGGGUUUUGAAUUCGAAUUUGUCCCCAAAGGAAAAGAAAGCAGCGACUGAAAUGGUACUCAGUAUUUCACAAUUCUACAAAGCCACCCGACCUGGAGGCCGGAGCACAAGAAGCUGUCGCACCACAUGA